AUGCCACCACCACCUCCAGACGCGGAUUCGAGCUCAGGCUUCCAGUAUGAACCUCUGCGGGCGUCUGUCAUUGACGUCUUCGAGCAACUAGGCGCUUUUGACGAAGACAGCGGGCUUGUGGAAUGGAUGUUCCCGGAGAUUCACGAGGAGAAGCAGCUGCGGGCGAGGACGCGUGUGAAACUCACAGAGGUGUUUGACGAGCCACAGGAGCAGCCAGAAACGCCACGGAAAUCAAGACUCGCCUCCCGCUUCUUCGGUAUACGGACUAGAGCGCGGUCUAAAUCCCAGGCACGAUCCAAAAAGGAGAAGGAGACCAUUACGCCAUCGACCCCAAAGCAGAAAACGAGGUCGUCACCUAAUUUGCGCAAAGCGGCCGACUUACCUUCCACUGACGGUCCCGAACUCGAGUCUCCGCCCUUGAAUUCGGCUGCAACGACACCCGAGCAUACCAAAUCGCGUCGAAUGUCAAUUUUUCCUCGAAGACCGCCUCCACCACCUCUAAUAGAGGGCCCACGACCGUCUUUAUCUGACGAGGAAUGGCAACAAAUAACUAUGACGGGUUCCAUUGCGGAUUACAAUGUCACCAAUCCAUUCAUUGGCCAUCAAGACCCCCGUGCACCAGCGACGAGCAGCAGCAGUAGCAGCAGGAAGAGCAACGAUACGACCUCGACUCCGAAACGCAAUGGCCCAUUCUCGCGCUUCACACACACGUUUUCACGGUCGACCCCGACUUCGCCCACACGCGAAGCCUCAUCAUCUCAGCCUCCGUUACCGACAAGCGAUCCUGCAACACCCACCCGGAGCUCUCCACAGGUUGACCCCAGCCGAAAAUCUGACUCAGAAAUUGCAUCGAGACAUUCCAAUGCUUCGACUGACACGCUCCAGGCAGUGCCCGCUGGAGACGGCGACGGUGACAGCCUUCCACAAGUGCGAAUCCAUGCGGACGACGAGCGAUUGGAGACGACUUCGCAGAUCGACCAUCAGGAGCCGGAAAAUGAGGACGCUGAGGAGGAAGAGCAGUACCUGGGCUCUGGCUCGGAAUCGGAGGACGACUAUGGAGUGCUGCUGAAUAAGGAUUCAGACCAGGUGGUGGAUAGUGCACUCGCUCCAGCACCGCAAGAGGAAGAGGCGCCUGAGCGUCAUACUUGA